CCCGGCUGGAGGCUAUAAAGCCCGAGGCCGGCGGGCAGGCGGGCGGCUGCAGGCGGCUGGACGGAGGCGAUGGGCGAGCUGCUGGGCCUGGUGUGCCGUCUGUGGCUGGCCGUCUGCGUGAUCCGGCUGAAGGCGGAUUUGAUUACCCACUUAAAUCUUCCAAAACCAGACAUUCCUUCCACCCCGUGCGUCUUUCCAUUCACCUAUGCCGACGUGAUGCACUACAACUGCAUCUCCGUCCACAGCGACUUUGACUGGUGUUCUCUGGACAGUCAGUUCCAGGGCAGAUGGCGGUACUGCCUGUCCAAUGAUCCCCCCCAGUGCACUUUUCCCUUCUUCUUCAAAAAGAAGGUCUUUUACCAGUGCACCAAGGAGGACUACAUUCUGGACCGGAGCUGGUGUUCACUGACGAAAAACUACAACAAAGACAAGAAAUGGAAGCAGUGUUCCCCUCGGAAUAAUUAGAUCAGUCUUGGUGGUUUUUGAAGAAGCAGAAGUCACAGAUUCAACAGUUGCCUCUCAAAACAGAACCCUGCCCUUCCCAGCAAUGACCAUUCUGAUGUAAUAAAUAAAUUCAUGACCUCCUUUUCGCA